CUCGUAGCAACCUUCUAAACAUAAAUAUGGCGGCAGAAUUGUAGCACUUGUGAAUGCAAAUGUAUAAGCAAUAAUAGGUCAAUACAAUGUCAAAGGCAGGAAAGAGAGUAAAAAGUGGUUCGGGACAAGGAGGUGCCAAAUGGGAACAACCACUUCUGGCCGCUGUUUUUGACGAGGAGAGCUGGAAGGCUAAUGUGACAUUUGUAGUUGGUGAUAAACCCGAUGAUUACGCAUGGGUUGACAUCCUGGGAGCCACUGUUGCUGCAGGAUCUAGAAGACUCUUCAGUGUCAUUUCCAAGGAGCAGCUGGAUGCUGAGGUCAGAGAGUUGGGAAACCCCAAAGGGAAGAAACCAAAAGAGGUUCCUCAACAUUUUGAAGUGUGUGAACCAUGUAGAAUACAUCUUGAUAACGGAGAGGAAAUCCCUUUGCCACUUCUGGCCAGACUCAUCAAAUUUAAACUGCUUGCAAUCAAAGCCAAUGAUCUAAAACGUAGGGAAACUGAAAAAAAGAGAGAUAAAGUUGAGCAAGGUCAGGGUGGUAAGAAAAAGAAGGCUGCUGAUGGUAAAGAUAAAGGAAAGGGAGGAGGAAAAGACAAACCUAAGUCUGCUGGGAAAGGAAAAGGGGGAGGGAAGAAGACCCCAGAGCCCCCCUCAGCCAAGGAAGGGUCCAAACUAAGGAAGCGGGGCGAAGAGGAUGAUGAUGGAAAAUACAUAGAUGAUGAACCGGAUGAUGGAGCCCAGCACUACAUUCUGAUCUACGGCUUCCAUAAUCCUCACCUUGUUGCGUACAUGUCUGAGCUUGGCAUCACCGUGGAAUCUGUCAUCAAGAUCAGCUCGCAGGAUUACUCCAGAUUCCAGAAGCAGGAGGUUCCAGAUGUUGAGAAGGAUGACAAGACACUGGCUUUGGAGGAGGCAGAAAGGGUCCAGAAGCAGCAGCUGAAGAAGGAACUGAAGCAGUACUGGAAGGAUAUUCUGUUGCUGCUACAGAAGCCACCAGACGGCAGUAACCUACAUAACAUCGCCAGGAAAGACUAUGAAGUCAAAAAUCUUAUUGUCCCAGAAAAUCUGGAAGAUCCGGAACAGAAGAACAAUCUAGGAACAGCCCUUUUUGAGGACAUAGCUUGUAUGAUUUAUGACCUGAUUGAUUCCAAACGACAGUACCAGACCUAUCUGGACAACCUAAAGCUGUUGCAUGUUCCCAUCCCUGGGGAGACAGCACUGACCCAAGAAGAGAAGCCUGUUUCGGCUGCCCCCACCCCUCAGCAGACCACUGCUCCUAGUAUCCCCUCCAUCCCCCCGGACCAGACAGAGACUAAGGUGGACGUAGACACGCGGUAUUACAAUGAUCUGAUGAACUGCAUCCCUCAAGAAAGUGCCAGUAUCCCCCUCAUGAUGCACUGCAUGCUGGAACAGGUCGUGGCCACUGAGGAGGGGAGGGAUCCACCCAGUGAACAACUCCCACCCAGACGCGCAGAUGGACUCAACUCUAACUUAGUAUCUCACAUCAGCAGCAUGGCGUUCAAGCUGGCCUUGUCAGAGGAAGAACACAGUAUGCUAUCUGACAUCUUUGAUUUACCAGAAAGACCUCCUGAUACUCAAAAUCAGCCACUUCUUAUGAAUAUUCAUGAUGACAUUUGCAUACGCACCAACCACUUGAAGACAAUAUAUGGAUUCAACCCACAGGAAGUGGAGAAAGAAAUGCUGAAGAAGCUCCCAUUCCAAACUCUUCUACAGCUACCUCGCCCAACUUCCUCCGUGGCAAAGGAUCGUGCAGCUCGCCUUCAGGAGCUGGUGCAUUUCUGUGCCACAGGUGGUCUCUCUCAGUCAGAGAUUGACAGAGCCUUUAAGCAGUUUGUGUUUGAGUGCAUGGAUCUGGCAGGUACUGAUCCCAAUGGCUUCAUCCUGACCCGGGACAGUGAGGGAUUGGAGCACUCUGCAAUCCCAUGGGAUGACCCAUAUCCCUUUUUCAAGGGAAUGAUCCCAAAACAUGAAAAAUCGAAUAAAGAAGACUUUAUGUCAACUCCUUCAGAGGAGAGAUCAGGUGGCCACACUGUCACAAUAAAUGUUGUCAAGUGGAGUGACUUGGAAUUCAUAGACUAUGAUGUUCCCGAUACCCCUUCUUCAGGCCCCGAUACAAGGGAAGUAACUCCCAAUGUAACGCCGGAACCACCCUCGACACCUAACUCUGACCAGACUCCCAGAAAGUCUCGGUCAAAGAAGAAAUCGUCCAAACGUGCUGUCACCCCUACCCCCAUCCCUUCCGAUGAACUCAAACAAAUGGAGAAGAGUCCAAAUGGCAGUGACAGAUCCCGCCCCUCAACAGCCGACAGCAAGAAGGGAAUUCUACGUCCAUCAUCACGCUCUAGUUCUGCGGGAAGACGAUCACGCAGCAAUUCUGUACAUUUUGAAAAGGAUGCAGCAGGACAUCCCAUCAGGCACGUAGAACUGGACAACAAAGAGGUGACUGAGGAGGAGCCCACUAAAACGGCCGAGGAAAGCAUGCACGAAAUUGUGGAUGCACAGAAGCGUGUUCUGGACCAGUGGUGCUUUGCGGAGCAUUACGAACCUCACGUUCUGCUACAGGUACUGAAGGAAGCUAGUUAUAAACUUCCAUUCAUCGAUACGUACUACAAUAAAAGGGACCACUCCAUGAUGGUAGUGCUGCACAAUCCCUAUAACACUGAAUUCCAGAACCAUGUCGACUGGCACACCGAGCUGCACUGCAAUCUGGGAUUCAGGAAUUACUUGGAGUACGUGGCUGAGUCUGUAUCUGACUGGGUCCAGGAGGAGGAGGCUAAAUAUAGUGCACAUUUGCUGACUAGGGAACUGGACAAGAUGAGGAAGGAUGAAGACACGGCUGCCAAAGCUGCCGAGAAAGCUACUAAAGGCAAAAAGUCUCCGCGGAAAUCCCCAAGUCGAUCCAAGAGUCCGAAGUCCAGAGGAAGCAGUCAGGAGCGGUCCUCUUCAGCCAAUAGUAACAUGUUUAUCAGGAGUAACUCCUUGAAGGCCUGGAAGGAGGAGCAGGAUCGCAUCAAGGCUGAGGAGGAGGAAAAAGAGAGGGUUCAGAGUGCAAAAAGGGCAAGAUCUGCUCAGAAGAGGUCUGAGAAAGAAGCAGAAAAAGACAAGAAGAGGCCAGGAUCCCGAGGGAGUGCCAAGUCGAAAUCCUCCAAGGAGAGAGAGGCGGAGCCACAGGAAGUGCCGUCUGAGGAGGGGCUAGCUCCGCCCGAGAGAUACUGGCCGUUCACAGGAUAUGAUGUUGGAAACAAACUUAUUCAUGUGUCGGGCAUUACCACAUCAAUGUUUCCCUCUGAUGGUGGACAGAUUCGAACCGAGAGAACAGAAUUUGUACAAGGAACAACUAGUAUUAAGUCAACAGUACAAAAGGAUGGGCAUAACUUCACUGUGCAUAUCCUGGAUCCAAAGGAAGCCGCGGAAGAAUCGGAACCAGAGGAGGAUCUGCCCCCACCAAGCAGAGAGAAAGCUGACUUCGAGAAAUCGGAAAAAGAUGAUUCUAAAACAGUUGAGGGAGAUAAGGGCAGCAGUGAUGGGAGAACCCUGAAGACUGACGGAGACAAGAACUCAGUCAGCGCAUUUGGUUCUGUCACAGCACAGCUGAUAGACGGCAUGACCUUGUCCCUCAGUCAGUUCGGCGCGUCAGGGGAGUCUAAAGAUGGCAAGAAGUAUGAGCCCAUCCCCUACACUCCUCCUCCAUCCACACCAAUGCCGGGACCUCCCCCAUCUCCCACCAAGAGCAAGAAAGGAGACAAAAAGGGGGCUCCCACCCCAGACCCACCCCCACCCACAACGCCCCGCGAGGAUGAAGAAAAGAAGGAGCAGGAAGAAAAGAAGGAUGAAGAGAAGCCUGUUCAGCAGCCAUUCCAACAGCUGUAUGUGUCCUGUCCUGAUGGGCUCAAUGUCAAGUAUCUUCUGGAGAGCUCCCUAGGAAUGAAACCGAUAGCAGAAGAUGACAGACGCCUGCUUGUCAAACAGAGCUAUCCAUACAAAACCAAGGGAGAACAGGAGUGUGAGGCUGUCCGAAGAAAGUAUGCGCUGAAGGAAACCUCGAGGAUCAUGACAUCCGAGGGAACCGUCAUCAAAAUGAUGGAGGAUGGCAACAUUGAAGUUUUGUAUGCCGAUGGUACUCUCAGCGUUCACACAGGACACUGGGAGGUUCCUGAAGGAAGAGGUGUCUCCCCGCAGCGAGCUGAAAGUGCCAGAUCCGAGAAGGGGACCUGGACCACCACAUACCCCACGGGGGAGAAAAUCAUGUACAAAGGAAGUGGAGAAAUGGAGGAAUUAAAAGCGGUCAUGAUCUCUGUGGCCUCAGAUCCAGAAACCAAUCAGACUAUGGCAACAAGAGAUGAUCAUGUAAUCACAGUGAGUUACCCUGAUGGUACGACAAUCGUGGAACAUGCCGAUGGUACGCGGAUCACUACCUACUACAGGGAGAAUACUCCGAAUCCAGAGGAGAGCCAGGACUUAGAACCGGAGAAGGAAUUUGAGAGCCAGACAGUGAAGUUUGUGAAGGUGGAGUGUCCAGCGUAUGCCACGGUGGAGUUUAACUGUGCCACGAGUGAGAACCUUACAAUCUUCGGGAACGGGUCCACCAUUAACGUGUUCCCCGACGGCUAUUACAUGCUUCAUCACUGGGACGGUGGCCGAUGUGAGGUAGACACCGAGGGAACCGUCACAUACUACCCCCGCCCCGAUAAAAUCACAGAACAACUCCUACCAGAGAGGGAGUUACAGUAUGUCAUAAGACAUAAUGCUGAUGUCAUUGUGGAAAUGGUGGACACUGACGGAAAUGUGUUUAAUGUGAAAUCUAACGGAGACUUCCAGGUUAUACCGGCUAAUGGAGACGAGAUGUCGGAUGUCAGUAACGAUGACCUGCCCAAAAUAGAAAAGAAAUUGACCACUUUUAAGGAGCAUGCGCCAAGGUUUCUUAUCAUUCAUUCUGAUGGGAGUGGGACGGAGUUGUUAAGGUACCAGGAUAUCGCUGAGUAUCUCACAACUGCGGAGCAAAGCCCAGCGACAGCCGUGUUGAAGGAUGAGCUAGCUAAUUUCCCAGGUGUCACUGGCAUAACUAUCCUGAAGCCGUACAUUGGAGGACCGUCAGAGAGAUGGCUGAAGAAAUACGACCAGGAGUCCAUCAUUCCGCACGGAAUCAGGUGUAGAGAUCUCACUACCCUUCCACCAAAGGAGUUCAAGACCCCAGGAGCUAAAUUUGGCACAAAUAUAGGUCAAGGUCUUGCUGUGGGUGGGGCCGUCAAACAGCCGGUCAGGAUUCCUAUUCUCAAGUGUCCGAAUUUACUGGAGCUGAGACAGAUGAUUCAGUAUAAACCAGUCCCUCCUGCACUUAGAGAAAAGUUACAGAGUGGUCUUCGCGAAUAUGCAGAGUAUGUGGUUGAAAGGAACAAGGUGGCGGAUUACAUGAAGGUAGUGGAUCCGAGAACUGAGGAGGAGAAGAUAAAUGCCUCUGAUCUCCAGGAGAUAGGUUUACAGCAGGCCAAAGACAAGAACUAUGCCUCUGCAAAUCUAAAAGAAUUGUAUGAAAGAGCCACUGCUCCCCCUGUGCCCAGCCCUCCUCCCACCCCUCAGCCCAAAAGAACCCAGGCAGACUGGGACCGGGAUCAGAGAGAGGUAUCAGAAGAGUUAACCGGGCGGGACGCACUGAAGAAAAACAAGAUCCCCAGAUAUUUUGACAGUGAGUUUGGCAAGGCCUUCCUGUUAACUCAAGCCAAGGACCUGGAUGAAAUACUGCGGGAACUGUCGGCAGAUCCAAGAAAGGAUGGAACUGAGGCAAUUCGUGGUCAGCUGUCCGGACAGAGUGGUCAACAAAUAAGUCCAGUCACCAGUGCCUAUCCUGCCAGAUCACUGGCCGCAGUGACCUCUGUACAGAGCGAUCGGUCAAGCACCUCCCCAGUGGACACUUUGCCCCCCAAAAAUGUUCCGGACACGCCUCUUUCUUAUGCAGAUAAUGAGUUAAGAGGAGUAUAUACGGAAACCGUUCCUUCUCGCGGAGGCGUGCGACCAGGUAACCCAACCCCAGCACACGCCCAAGGUCAAGGGUCACCAGCUCCCAUCCGACCACAAAAUCCCACUCCAGUUCAUGCUGGCAAGGAAAAGACAGGAAGACCAGUUAAUCCAACACCCAAACAUGCAGGAGGAGGGAUGGACUCUCCUUCAGAUCUCCCAUCACAACUCGACUACCCUGCCAUCAUAAUGGAACAACCCCUUGAAGAGGAGGGAGAGGAUGAAGAUGACAAUGAGGAACUGACCUUGACCAGAAGUCUCAAGGUCAAUGUUAUAGGCCAGCCAAGGAAGAACCGUGUGCCCUUGCCAACUGGAAUUAAAGGAGGUCGACCAGGAGCUAUUCCUAACAUCAAGUACAUUUCUGUUGAGGAGCCUGUGAGAAGGAAAGUCAACACCUCCCUGAUAGCAGGGGCCUCCAUUAAGGGCCAGAACCAACUCUCCCACAUGAGUGGUCUGAUCUUGUUUCCUGAGGAGGUGGAGUUUGGGGUCCUGAGGGAGGGGUACACAUACUGCUACACGGUGUACCUAAAGAAUACGGGGGUGGACUCCUGUAGGUUUAGGAUCAAGCAGCCUCCCCCGGCCACUGGACUGCGGAUUAAUUACAAGCCUGGACCAAUUGCAGCUGGUAUGCGGGUGGAACUGAACGUUGAGCUUUAUGCUAUAGCAGUAGGAGUAGAGGGAGAGAUGGGGGUCGGAUCAGUUCGCCAUGACCUAGAAAUUGUCACACAGACAGACGUCCUGUUUCUACCUAUCUCAGCAACUGUACUGACGGCCUAUGAGUAUGACCACAGAAGUCCUAACAGUCCAAAGGGAGGUAAAUCUAAUGGAGCUAAACUGGUAUCCACAAAGCCACCAGCUACAACAGGCAUCAUCCGACCCAGGAAGACACCCCUUGGAGUUGGUAACAACUCCAAUGGUUUCUCAUACAUUAGAUGAUCAAGAGUAAAGGUGAAAUCUUAAGGCACGGCCGUCCAUAUUGUCAAUAUUACAAUGCAUUUGAAUAUCACAUGAACUGACGAUAGUGUGUAUUGGGAUUGAACUCAGUGAAAGUGAUUUUAUUGACUGUGAUAUUUAUUAAAACUAUUUACCACUUUCAAAAAAAUUCUACAUAAAUGUAUAUUGAAUUUAUGUAUAUAUGAAAUAUUCUACAUGUGAAAUAAAACAUUUUCGAUUUGUAAAA